CAAAACAUAAAUUUUGUGGCCUUCCCUUUGUUAGUCUUGCGGACUGCUCGGAGUCUUCCCAAUUAAUUCACAGAGCCCGAGCUCAUCACAGCUCAUCACAGACCUCACAACUAUAUAUUUAUCACAUAGUUUAGGGGAAGUAGCAAAUCAGAGGGCGGCGGCGGUGAAUUAAAGCAGGGGAUCGAGCACGGGACCUCCGGGGAACAAAUCAAUCAUGUCUUGGUCAAUUUUAUCUCUGAGGUACGCAGACAGCCUCCUCAUACUUUCAAUCUCCAUCAUCUCUGCCUUCGUAUGUGAAGGCAUAUCAUGGAUUCUCAUUUACAGAACUUCCUCCUAUAAAUCUCUGCGCUCUACUAUCGAUAAAACCGCAAAAAAGCUCGAAACAAUGAAGACCACAAACAACAGUAGCAACGCGCUCUCUGUCAAGAAGUCCAAGUCGAAGAAGAAGGACAGAUUUGAGAACAGCUUAAAGGAAUCCAGUAGAGAUCUUUCUUUCUCCAAGUUUAAGUCUGGAGGAGUUGUGGCCGUUGUGCUUGUGAUUGUUUUUGGGCUGCUGAGCUCCUUGUUUGAAGGGAAGGCUGUUGCGAAACUGCCCUUUUCGCCCAUACCUCUCGUGCAGAGGAUGAGUCACAGGGGCCUCGGUGGGGACGAUGUUACCGAUUGUUCCAUGGUCUUUUUCUACUUUUUGUGCUCGAUGAGUAUACGAUCGAAUUUGCAGAAGUUUUUGGGGUUUGCUCCGCCCAGAGGCGCUGUCAAUGCCGGUGGGUUUAUUCCCAUGCCUGAUACCAAGACCAGCUGAAGAUGAAAAAGAAGAGGAGGAAUCAAUUGAUCGGGGCGCUGGAUCCGAAUUAUGGUUUUUGGGUAUGUGACCGAAAAAAUUGAUGUGGUCUUUGGGGUCGAAUAAAUUUUUUUGAAUUGUCAAACCCUGGAAAAAAUUGACAUGGAUUUGGAUUUGAAUUAGGGUUUUUCAGAAUAUGACCCCAUGAAAAUAUUUGAUAGGGCUAGGAAUUGAAACCGUGAUAAAAAUUGAUGGGCUCUCUCAAUUUGGAUUAGGAUUUUUUUUUU